AGUCAGGACUCACAGCUCCCGCCUGAGACAUGGCAGCGCUCCUGAAAGUGACCCUGUUGCUGUCCGUGGUGCUCGCCACGGCGAAGGCCCAGUUCGGCGGUGAGCGGCGACCGCCAGCUCAGGGCGUGCCCGGAGCUCCAGAGGAUGCUCUGCAAAGAGAGUUCGGGGUGGAAAGAAGGCAAGCAGGCUUCGGAGAGCAAGAAAGCUUCGAUGGACCAGGCAACCGUCAGUCAGGAGGUGGAUUCGGAAGGCAGUUCCCACAAGGAGGUGGCUUUGGAAAUCAAGGUUCGCAAGGCGGGUUCGGAGGACAAUUCGGUGGUGGCAGACCAGGAGGUUCAAAUCAACAAGGAGGUUUUAAUGGCCAAGGAGGUUUUGGAGGACAAGGAAAUAGGCCGCAAGGUGGGUUUGGAGGACAAUUUGGUUCUGGAAGACCAGGAGGUUCAAAUCAACAGGGUGGUUUUAAUGGCCAAGGAGGUUUUGGAGGACAAGGGAAUAGGCCGCAAGGCGGGUUUGGAGGACAAUUUGGUGGCAGACCAGGAGGUUCAAAUCAACAAGGAGGAUUUAAUGGCCAAGGAGGUUUUGGAGGACCAGCAAACAGGCCGCAAGGAGGUAGCUUUGGAGGUCAGAAUCAGCCUGGUAGCUUUGGUGGACGACCAGGUUUUGGACGGUCGAUAAUGAAACCAGAAGCAAGUGGGAUAAGAAGUCAGAGUCAGCAAGGAGCGUUUGGAAACUUGGAAAGUAGGUUGCCGAGAUCAGGAUUUGAAGAUCAACGGCCACAAGGAGAUUUUGAAAGUCAAGGUGAAUUUGAAGGUCAAGGAGCAAGACCUAGUCGAGAAUUUGGAGGUCAAAUAGCUAUACCUAAUGAAGAAUUUAGAGGCCAAAACAGUGGUUCGCAAGUUCGAUUUGGAAGGCCAGGUGAAUUUUGAAGCCAGAUAAAUAAAUUGUUGCUUUAGUUUAAAGUGUUCUAUUUAAAGUUAGUUAUUGUGAUAUGUUAUACUUAUUUGCAACAUUCAUUUAAAUUUUUUUGCCAACAUACGGAAGCUAAUUAUUUUGUUUAAUUUUUUAUAUACCAACAUUUUAAAAAUGUUAUAAAAGUGUUAUUAUGUAGAUACUUUAAACUAUGAACUUUGUAUGGUAACAAUUUCAUUGUGCCACAGAAUUGUGGAAUAUUUUUGCUAACCAUCUUCAUAUAUACAACUAAAUAAACGUUUCAAAAAAGUUUGAUAUGUUUAACUCUAAAUAUAAGAAAAAUUAAUCAGUGGCUUAAAGUGGAUGUAUUAUAAAAUUUAAGGAUAUAAUUUAUAUGUUUUAAGAAGUGUUAUUAAACAUUUCACAAUGACACAAUA